AUCAGUCCAUUUCGCUGGAAACUGGCAAUCAAAGACCCUGGGACCGUCAUGGUGCAUUCGGGCAAGAAGGACUCGGCCUCGGCUUCAGCCUCGGGUUCGAUGGCCUCGGGCGCCUCGGGCCUAUCCUUGAGCGGCUCGACCUGGCCUGGGUGCACGCCCAAACCCGAUGUGGACGAUUAUGCCAAUCAAGUGCUCCGCCAACGUCUCGGGACCCUCCUCCUGCAAAUGGGAUGGCAAAGCGCUCACAAUUCAUCGCUCAAUGUUUUGGUGGAUUUGGCGGGCCGAUAUUUACGGGAUCUCGGCUCACAUUGUCAAAGUCAAGCCGAGCUUUCGAACCGAUCUCAAGCCAAUAUUUUGGAUGUAGCCCGCACUCUGGCCGACUUCCGAAUUCAAACCGCAGAUUUGGCCGAUUACGCCGAUUGCCUGCCCCGCGGAUCGGGCCCGACCGCGGGUGGCAUCCCUUAUUUUCCACGGCCCAGUGUCACACAAUUGAACUUUCUCAAACCCGGUAGUCGGGAGGUGCUACAUCGCAAGGUCUACGUCAAUGAUUAUUUCCCGCCCAUGUACCCGAAUCUGGAGGAAGAGGAAGGGGAGGGGAGUGAACGAGAUGUAGCCACCAUGGAUACAGACGCGCCCACGCCCUCUGGCGAGAUUGUCGGACAAGUGGGUGGACCUGGUCCAGAGAGUCUGCCUGUGCGGGAGAUCGCGAGUGUGAUGAUGACAUCGGCCGGAUUCAUUUCGCCGGCCCGUGAAGGAAAAUUGCCCGAAUCUCGAACGCCUUAUGUACACGAAAUGGUGCGUGAGCGCGAGUCAGAGGCUCAUAAGGUCGUGCAAGCGGAAGGGAAAGCCCAUUUCAAGGCCAAGAUGAAGGCCAAGAAUGCUGGUUCCAUGGACAAGAAACUCAAGGUGUUCCAGAAAAAGGCCCCCAAAGUGCAACCCCACGCCCACUCACCGCCCAAGAGCAUUGUUAGUGAGACCAGCAUGAACGACCAUCAUAUUGACGACACGAUUAACGCCGUCAUCCAACGAGGUCUGAAAGACUCGAACAAGCCCAAGCCGUUACCUGAAUCCCCACCCAAACGGGGUCGACCACCUAAGCGGAAGGCCUCCGAGUGCGUACCAGAACCACGCCUUGACCUCUCUCCGGGCGAAAUAGUCGAACCGGAAGUUGAAACGCCUCCUCCUCCUCCUCCUUCCAAGCCCAAGAAAGCCAAGGUGCCCAAAAGUGCCGCCAAUCCUCCGGCUUCAGCCACACCCGCCUCUUCUAAGAAGACUAUGAGCACGCCUCGAAAACUGGCCGGUGUAGACGAUGAACCCAUCAAGACACCCCCUACGCCCGAAAUUUUGCGGGAGAAAGAAGCUAUGCGGAAGGCCAAGGCCACCAAUGCUGAUACGCCCACUCCACCUCCGAGCUUACCCGCCAAAAGUCCAGAGCCAGAAAAGAUUCGCAAAAAGGAGAAGAAGAAAAAGGCCAAAAAGGACAAGAAAGACUCACGAGGUGAAAAGAGGGAUAAGUCCAAAAAGGCCGAGAAACGAGAGAAGGAUCGCGACAAAACCAACAAAGCCAUAACCAAGCUCAAGAUCAAGGACACAUCUUCGGUGACGGGGGCCUCACCUGAGCCUCCACCUCCCAUUCCGCCAGUAUCGGUCUCCAUAUCUGUCUCGAACACGCCAACCACCAGUAAACCUACCAAGAAGAGCAAAGCCGACUCGGCCAAGAAGAUCCCCGAGCUCAAACUCUUUCUUCCAACGGCCACCAUCAAAAAAAACCCUGUGGAGCCCAUCAAAACCAACAUCACAUUGCCUCCAGCCCCGCUCGAACCCGCCAAAAUUACUGCGCCCGUUCCGCCCAAAAAGGAGAAGAUCGUCAAACGUCGCAAAUCCACCAAGGCUCCACCCGCACCCCCUUCUGCAUCUUCCUCUUCAGUGGUGGCCGCAGCUUCAACACCCACGCCCACGCCUCCCUCCAGAUCCGGGCCUCCAACCACCAAAGCAACGGCUGUGGACGGCAAUGCGGGUGGAUCGAUCACGACUCGCACCGUGGGUCAUUAUGUGGACGCUGAUGGGAAUCAGAUUUGGAUUUGUCCGGCCUGUGGCAAACAGGAUGACGGUAGUCCCAUGAUCGGUUGCGAUGAGUGUGACGAUUGGUAUCAUUGGUUAUGCGUGGGGAUCCGGAGUGAACCUGACGAGUCGCAAAACUGGUUUUGCCAACGGUGCGUGGCUCGCAAACGAGGUCCCAUGCUAUAGUUCACGUUCAUUACUCAUUCAUUCAUUCAUUGGAUCUAACUUUUCGUGAAGGAACACCAUAUGAAAUUAUGAUUAAAUGUCUGUUAUUAAAGGGC